AUGAUACGAGAAUUUUACGAUAGUUCCGAUGAAGAUGAAAUGGAAAGUCAGUAUCCGAUAGAUCCAGAAUGCUUGGUUCUAACUCGGCCUGAUCGCGAUAUGCAUAACCGUUGCUGUGGGGGUAAAGCUUGGUGCAUUAAGGACAUAUGUGGGAUUAUAUGUGCAGUCUUGACAUGGCUGCUGAUACUUUACGCGGAAUUCGUUGUGAUGAUGGUCAUGCUCCUGCCCGGCCUAACGACCUACCCCAUAUACAGUUAUAUAAAUAUAAUAAUAUUCCAAACUCUAGCGUUCCUUGCUUUCGCUUCACAUCUAAGAACAAUGUUCACAGAUCCAGGGGCGGUACCCAAAGGCAAUGCAACAAAGGAGAUGAUCAAACAGAUGAGUUUCCGUGAGGGACAAGUUAUAUUCAAAUGCACUAAAUGCUGCAGUAUAAAGCCGGAACGCGCCCACCACUGCUCUGUAUGCCAACGUUGCAUCAGGAAAAUGGACCAUCACUGUCCAUGGGUCAAUAACUGUGUGGGAGAGAACAAUCAGAAGUACUUUGUGCUGUUUACGUUCUACAUAGCGGCCAUAUCGAUCCAUUCGCUAACUCUAUCAGGGUACCAGUUCGUCACGUGUAUAAGGCACGAGUGGCGUGAUUGCAGCACGUACUCGCCGCCCGCUACCGUCGUCCUCCUCCUGUUCCUUAUAGCGGAGGCUUUGCUCUUCGCGAUAUUCACCGCAGUCAUGUUGGGCACUCAGUUACACGCUAUAUGGAAUGAUGAGACGGGUAUAGAGCAAUUGAAAAAGGAGCAAGCGCGUUGGGUGCGUAAGUCGCGAUGGAAAAGUAUACAAUCUGUGUUCGGACGGUUCUCUAUACUUUGGUUCUCUCCCUUCACUCAGCCAUCGCCUAAGACCAAGUUGGAAAGCUACUUAUACAGUGUU